AUGGUGUGGGUAUCUUUCGAGGCAAGUAUGGCCGACCUGGAACGAAUGCAGGGGCCAGCUGAAGUUGUUCUCGACGAGGCAGCCAAGAUACUCGGAAUCGACCUGGAGCAGACCAUUCAACGUAGCUUUGUUGGACCGUUCUCCAAGACGACGUUCGGCUCACAAGGUUUCAAAGAACAGUGGGUCUUGCGCUGGCUCUUGAGGAAGCUGAAGUUGGGUGUGCCAGAUUCGAAAUCCAAUGGUGCUGCUGAAGAAGCUCAGAGAAGUUUCGCAGCCAACGCCAAGUUCUGGUCAUUACUUCUCAGCCUGACGUGCUCAAUUCCUAGUGAUGUAUGCUCCGAAAUCCUCUCGGAGCGACACUUCUACGCAGCGCUCGCCGACAUGAUCCGAGAAGUUCUUGUCCACCAGGGACGUGGAUUGACGACGUUUGAUGCUUCUACCACAGACUAUGAUCAUGAAGGUCCACCGACCAAGAAAAGAAGACUCUCUCCAGCAUCCGACCAUCAGCAAAAGGGCGCAGUUGAGCUCGACAGGACCAUUUGGAUUGCUUCACAUGCCGCGUGUCGUUGCGUCGAUCUCUUCAGUUCCUCGUCCUCAGACGUCGCUGCGUCAUCUCGUCAAGCUCCUUUAUGGACCGGUAGCCUGCACACCCAAUCUACCUUGCUUGGGGUUUUGCUCGAGUCGAUCGUUUCUAUUGUACGACACGGCUCUAGAAUCCCAGACAAAACUCUAGUUGCGGCUAUGCUUAAUGCUACGCUUUCCUUCUGGGAAAGCAAUGUAUCGGUUAGCAAUUUGAAGGACGAUGAGCGGCAACAAGCCUUCGCCUCCCAUUGCCUAAUACCCUGUUUAUCUCUCCUUGACCAUCUAAUGGAUGCCCGCUUCAACCAGACGCCCUUGAUGCCGUCAAGGACUACACUGGAGCGCCUGAUCGCAGUAAAUGUUGUCUUCCCUCUGCGCACAACAUUCAGCGAGCAAUUCACAAAGAAAUGGAGAGCCACGGCCGACAUUCUUCUCUAUGAACAGAUGGAUACAUUACUUCGGGCUUAUAACCGUCAGGCCCGACCCUCUCAGGAUGGGUCUGAUGUCUCGCAGGUGGUAUCUGGAUCAUCCGUGCAGAGGUCCUCGUGGAUUAUCUUUGAUGUGGCUGCGCGAUCGAUCUCAUUUACGGACCUUAGGAGGCGUCAGCAAGAACAACAUUAUCUCGACUCUUUGUUAAUAUGGCUGGUUCAUGUCACCUGGCCACAUAUCCCUCGUGUCACUUCAACAGGAAUCCUUCGCCAGCAGUUCGCCGAGGACCAAAGCGCCUGGGUGUCUCCGUUGGAGCUUCUUCUCGAUGUCGCUCGCUCACGAAGGCUGCACAUCUCAAUACCCAUCGUCAGCUACAUCCUUCAAGCCGUGCUGGAUACUGACUCUCAAUCCGCGCCUUGGUCGCUUUUGGUCAAAGUCAUCCAACUGGACUCGAAUAUUUUAGUUCCGGUUUCUACUGCGCUUGCCUCGAGGACCUUUCUCAGUCAAGUCGUGAGUAGAAUUGAAUCCAGCACUGUCACCAGGAGCGAGUACGACUUACUGCGAGAUCGGCUUAUUCUACCUUUGAUGCGCGACUGUGCUCGGUCGAGGGCCUAUGGUGUAUUUGUCGAGGCGUGGCAACAAUGCCUGGCAGAUUCUAUACGGACUCGCUACACGUCGAAGUACAGUCAAGACGAAAUCCCGGCUAUGCUAGUGUGGGAGGAUGAUGAUGUAUUCGAUGAGUUCAAGACGCUCAGCGUGCUUCAUGCACCACCAGGUCUGGCCUCGCGAAUGCUGGAAGACGUGGUCGAAUCCGUCAAGGGGCUAGGAGACAAAAUCGGAUCUACGACUGAAGAGUUCGCAAAACUGGCUACCUUCUCAGCCUUGCUGGAGAGCACAUAUUCCAGCGGUGAACAGCUAGGACUCUCUAUGGAUCAGCUGGCUUCUCUCUUGUUCGGGGCCGUGGAUGUUCUGCGUCGGAAGUCUGACUUUCAAGGUCAACGCUGGAGGUUAAGAAAGCUUAUACGACUGCUCGUCGAGUCCGCGGGCUUUGAAGCGCUCCCUCCCUGGGUUGAUUCUCUCUUGGAACCUAAUUGCAAUUUUGUUUCCUUGAACAGCGCAUUCUCCUUCGAUCCAGACCACACUCGAACGCAGUCGGGGAAAUUCCUCGAGUGCCUUGAGUGCUUCACUCUUGUUGUUGAGCUGGCUGCCAAAUCACGACGUUUCGUGUCCAAGAUGGAGGUGGAGAUGCAUCACCUGCAAGAGAAAGCCGCUCAGAUGACAAACAGACCGCAUUUGUGGAAUGGACGCGACGUGGAGUGCUGCGACGUUGAGGGACUUGUGAUAGCAUGCAUUGGCAGGCUGUUGCAGAGACGUUCGGUUUUCUCAAUGUACCCGGAUGUAUUCCGUCAGUUCAUCGGCGACUGUGUUGAAGAAGUAACAAAAUCUCCGCCAUCGAAGCUUGCUGAGACACCUUCACCGAAUCUGCUUGAUCUCUGGAUGGCCGUGCUGCAAGACGACGCGGUCGUUUGUGCUCCACUCCUUCGAAAAACCCUUUUGGAAGGUAUCACUGCUGCGCUCCCGUCAGGCGAAACUGAUUUGAUGGUAUGUAGAAGUGUUCUCGAAAGUCUCGGUAUUGAGACGAUGGGCAGAGUUUCGGUGGACAAGCUCGCCAACGGAAUGCGCGACCGAUUGUUCCAGAGUAUUGACAGCCCAACGCGGGAUUCGAUUGCCAAAGACAUGAGUUAUCUGAUUUACCUGGACACUCUGUUUCCCGGAAUUUUCAUCAACACAAAGCACUUGGACGAAUGGUGGAAUUUGUCAGCUACACAAUUCGAGUUCAAACACGCAGACCCCUCUCCACUUGCUGCGAUAAAAAGAGCUCAUCUGUCGAAUACUUAUCUGCUGGCGGUCGAGAUGCUGAAGCAAGUGCUUCAGGCGAUAUGGACACGAGCCAUUGCUCUACACAACACAACAUCUUCCACCGACCACGUUUCCUGGAUGGUGAAGAGAUUCGAAGAAUCCGAGAAGCAGUCGCCCUUGCCAGAGACUCUACCGUUCUCCUGCAUUCAGAUGCUCUUGCUCUGCGCUUUUCGUUCCACUGUCAGUGACAAGGCUAUUGUCCAAGAUCAACGGCUUCAAGAGAUGAAGAAAUUCUACCACAAAAGGACUAUACACCAUCUUGAACUGAUGUCGCAGGAACCGUUGACUCAGAAUACUAUUUUCCUGCUGAAGCUCGCUCUGGACGGUUUUGUUAGUCGCCUCGCUUUCGAGACGGAAGAGACAAUCCAGCAAGCGACCGGCAUCCUCAUAGACAAGCUGAGGGGCUUCGACCAUUCCCACGCCGAGUGUCCUUUUGCGAAGCUCAAUGGUCAAGUAGGUCUGUCGAUCCGACGCAAAUGUCUCAGCUUGGGAAUGCAGUCCGAAGCUGGGCAUGUCCAGGAGGAAGUAAGCGAAUGGCUACAGGAGCUGCUCUCCUGCGACGAUCACUCGGGAGUCUGGACGCAUUCCACAAUCAGUUCCCUUGCAGCCAGAGCCGACCUCUUUACUCGCCAAAGAGGAGCAGGAGAGUGGUCGAUGCUGCUUCAAGUCCUCCGUCAAAAGAGCCAGGACGCUUCCUGUCAACCCACAUGCGCUGUCGUAGUGGCUUCAGUGCUGACACAUGUCAAGCAACAACACAUUGCACAAUAUCCAUGGCUGGCCCAGGAACUUGCAGAAGUUGCAUCGCUGCCCAGUCAUGCAGAGCAGCUACAGGAAGUAGGGCUAGCACUUGCCUUGGAAAAUUGCAAACAAGUGCUUGAGCUUCACCCUGUCGUUAUCAACCAAUCGACCCUUGACCGAUUACUGUCGUCUCUCCGCAUCGUCGCCUCUUCCACAACCGGAACUGCACAUGCAAAGGAUGUGACCAAGCUAGAGUCCAUGCCCUCUGCGGGACACCUAUACGACCGGCUAUGUGUCGUGGUCGGAGCUAUACUUGGAAGACACCGCCGCCGCCUUUCCGACCGUUACCAUUUGUUGCUUCCUGUAUUACAAGCUCUUUUACGGUGCCUUUUCUGGCCCGGAAAGAAAUCCGUUAAGAGUCAUCGAGGCACGGCGGUAAAGACUCUGGUCACAUUCGGCAAAACUCUGCCGGGAUGGGUGCGGGACUCUAGCGGACCUCUGUCACUUUCCUCAGCAGAUCAGAUAUCGAGAUUGUUGUCGUCGGUAUGCAAUCCAACGGUAUCAGCAGCACGGUCAUCCAACAAGAGGCGCAACGAGCUCAAUGAUGAGGUGAAGAAAGCACGGAAGUUGGCAGGCGAGCACAUGCAGUAUCUUGUCUCAGAAUAUUGCAGAUGCUUCCUAGACGGCCAGAUAGUGCCAUCGACGAAGGACCAAUUGAUGGCAGGCAUGUACAGAGUCUUGGAUGCGAUUGAUAGAGACAUGUUAAGGGCGAUGAACGCCGGCAUGGAUCCGAGCACCAGGGCAGUCUUUAAGAACCUGUAUGAUGACUACCACAGAUAUGGGAAAUGGGACAAGAGCUAG